AAUAGAUCGUGCUUAUGUUUGUGUCAUUGUGCAGAUCCUUAGAACAUUAUUUUUGGACAGGCGGUUGAGUUGCUUACUGGAACAAGACUUGCCCAGUUCCUCCGAGCUUGGAGUCAUUAAUACCUAAUGAGAGAACUGAGACAACCAUGAAUCUGGUUUGCUCAAGUAUGUUCAUUGCGGCCCGCAGCAUGGUUCUUAAACUAGGGAGUUGUAGCGGGCGUAGCUAGUCAGGGUCAGCCAUGCCCCUGCAGUUGGAUGACCCUGUGCCGGACCAAAGUGGAAAGCAGCUUGAGGCAAUCCAUGCGGUGCAAGAUGAAAUCGACAGUUUCAUGCACCGGAUCAAGGAAAGGCUUUUCUGGUUGGAGAACCUGGUCCAAAACCAGGUAGACGACCAACUACGGCUACGGGGAGGGAGUCCUCUCGGAGAGAGACUAGUUUCACCCAGAGAUAGCAACAGCGAAGCUUCAAAUCUCACAGGUAACAGGAGAGAGCGUUCAGGGACUGUGGAUGACAUGAGGCAGCUACAGGAACCACAGGCCCUCACAGAGCACAGAGAAAAAAAGUGGGAAAGCACUUCAGGCUGGUACUGGCCUUUGGGCACGAUCAGUUCGCUUACCCAGACUACAAACUUUCUUGGUACAGGGAAGGAACUACGUUUGCAUAACCGGUGGAUGCAACUUUCGAUGCAGGCGGAGGAUUUGCUAGCAUUGUCAAAUUACCGCCGAAAUGGCUCGUCAACACUACGCUAUUCGCCUCACAAGCAUUCUGGCCUCUCAGCAGAGUUUGAAGGAGGCAGACAGGUGAUUUUUCACCCCUUGGGCAAGUUCAGAGUAGUGUGGGACCUUUGUGGCCUUUGCUUGCUGCUUGCAGAUAGCAUUCUGUUGCCCUUGUCGCUCGCAUGGGGUUGGCAGCAGGGAACAAAGAACACGGGCGAAAUUUUCUUGCUCACCGUGUUUCUGCUCUCCCUGGCCUUUUGGAGCCUAGACAUUGUGACGAAUCUCAACACUGCAUUCUACCUGCGUGGGCACUUGGUGCUCUCUCGGUGGUUGAUUGUCCGGCACUACCUUCAAACUUGGUUCAUAAUCGAUGCCGCCGUCGUGAGCCUGGACUAUGUUACGCUAGUCAACUUCAUUCAGGAAGCGGAGGAGAGUAGUUUUGGCAUAGUGCGCUUCAUCCGGGCUGCUCGGGCCUUUCGGCUCGUUCGGCUAUUGAAGAUGGCUCGCUUUGAUGACCUAAUGCAAGAGAUUGCUGCCUCAACAGGAAGACAGUGGAUUAUGCUAGUGGUGGCCAUUAUCAACUCUACCGUUGCAAUCUUGCUAGUUGCCCACGUAAUGACAUGCUUCUGGUUCGGCCUGGGCCGCUCUUUGCUAAUGGACCAGAAGAACAAUUGGCUUACAUUUACGGAAAUUGAUGGUUCAACACCCUGGAUCCAGUAUUUACACUCAUUUCGUUAUGUGAUGGAUGCGCCGUCACCACCAAUGAUUGACGUAGACAGCAGAGAUGAGCGCUUCUUUGACAUUCUCAUCACAAUUUUCUGCUUUGUGGUGAUUGGCACAGGCAUUUCGAAGAUUUCAGGAACCAUGGUAGAGCUACGAAGCAUGAACGAAGCCAAGACCAAGCAACGCUGUGAGAUCCGCCAAUACCUUCACAGCCAAGAUGCCUCCUUAGAAUUGGUCUCAAGAGUAAUGAAAUUCGUGGACUACAAAUUGGACAAGAUGAUGCCCACCACCUUUGAUAGCACCUUGAUUUCCCACACCUUGCAAACAGAGCUCUCAGUCAACCAGAGAUCAGCAUAUAUAGAGCAAGUGCCAAUAUUUUCUUUGACCCUAUCGCUCUAUCCUGACGUGUUCUCAAGUGUUUGCGUGGUUCUGAAGAAGGUGGUUUGCGAGAACCAAGAGGAGGUCUUUGUAGCUGGUGCUUUGUCGACUUGUAUGUACAUAACUGCCACGGGUGAGUACACGCUUGUAGAGGGGUACGACUUGUCCAUUGAACCGAAGUAUCUAAAAGGUGUGAACAGGCUGGAGGAACUCGCUUUGUACGUUGAUGCCUUGGCUCACCAAUCAUCUUUGAUUGCUACAACUUUUGCUGAGAUGUUCACCCUGGAUGGUGACAACUUGGUGAACUGCCUUCAGAAUUCUCCCAGCUGCGCUGCGAUGUUCUUCGAGUAUGCCAAAGAGUUCACUUCAGCCGUGAAGAGGGCAGGCGGCAGACCGGAUUUCCAUGAGCAAGCUGUGCUCGCCGAGCGUGCCUGCAAGAAAACCCAAAUCUACCAAGAUUUAUACCCAGAGCAGGACACGCGUUUGGACAAAAUUGAUCUCAGUCACAUCAAUGCUGCAAACGUGGAGUCCCCGGAGGCAUUCCCAUUCCGGACGAAUACGGCGAGCCGGUCCUUCUUCGGUGAUCAUGAGCUGCAAGUGAUUGACGAAGUUGCAGACGAGGCCAAGCAUGAGAUCAGUAGCGAGUGUCACAAUAUACAGUGGAUGAUCGAGGAAGGUUGGAAACAAGACUUGCAUAUCAAUUCGUUGCCAUCGCAGCUGCAAAACUGCCUUCCAGAGUUACAUCCUACUGAUGGCCCACACGCUAUUUUUGAGCAGCCAGUUGAGCGGGAUCGUGCAGAGUCAUCAUGCAUGUGCACCCUUGCAUUGAUCCACAACCGCUACGACAUUUUCACCAUGCCACAACCGCCUGCAGCGAAGCUGUUGGAGAAGCAAUGGCAGAUACUUCAGCAUAUAGUCAAGUGGCUCCAGCCAACGAAUGAGAAGAUCCAUGCAGUUCUAGUUCUCUUGGCCAUCCGCUCCCUGGGCAAAUCAAAAGCUGUGUCUAGUCAGAUAGCUUUGAGUGAGCGGAGCCCGGAACAUGUGGUGCUUGCUUUGAUCGAUGAGUACCAAAAUGUUGUUCCCUCAGUCAAAGGGCUGAGCGAUGUGGGCAUAACUUACGCAAAGGGCGCCUUGAGGUUGCAUUCAAUGUUCAAUUUGGCACAGAUGUUGCAGGGUGAAAAUGUACCCGCCAAUGUUUGCCAGCUACAAGAAAGCAUCAAAAGGGAUGGAGUGGAGGCCUUGCGCUUCUACAUACUGUUCUUGCUGGGCUUUAUGAGCGGCUUGAAUGCUGGGCGUGGAUCAAAGUUCCUCACAGCAAAACGAGCGGAAAGCUUCAUCGAGGGAGUCCGGGUCCUGAAGUACUUGCUUGAUGCAGCCCCCUGCGGAAUAUACUGGGGCUUCUUGACAGCUCGUGCCCACAGCCUCGGUGUUCCUUGCCAGACUGCUGAGGAGCUGGUGCUAAUUCGACUUGCUUGUCUUGCGCGAGUGGAGGAUCGCAGCGCAUACCGGCAGCUAGAGGUCAAAUGGCCUCGAGGAUCUUCCGAUCUUCCCCUGGAAAACUAGACUUGGACACCUUGCGACAUCGCAAUUGGAAUCUUAGCCUGGAUCACCGCUGUAGCCCAGCAACCCUUGAAGCCUUCUCUUUGCUGUUCUACCAGCCACAUGGCGCAUCUGGUGAACUAGACGAUGAAUGCUGGGCUUCCUUGGGAUCAGGGGAGAGAUCAACGCUCUUGCACCACUUCUUAGCAGAUGGGAUCGAGGACACUGCCUUCGUCUUUGAAUUCUUACCCGACUGUGUGGCCAAUGCAGUGCGCAAUCCAAACAUUGGCUUGACAUGUCUUUUGGAAAUACUAGUUUGCCUCUUGAACAUGCUUCAGCCAGCGGCACCUGGCAUGCUUGCAAAUAUGGAAAACUGCAAGGUCAUUUUUGUGAAUCUUGCCGACAUGAGCGAGUUCAUUGCUUGUGUGCGAAACCGCUUCGUGUUUGAGACGUGCGUCUCACGCUGCAAAGUACGAUUUACAGGGGGCAGAGUACUUUUGGAGAUGACAGGUAGCAAUUGGGCGCGAGUGAAUGAGCCAAACUCGGAUAUCACAAGCCUCGCCUACAGCGUGAAGGAUGUGUUGCAGAAGCAACGUACAUUGGAAACUCAGCUUUUGCAAAGAAUGGGAGGACCGCUACAGCAACGGGUUAUUGAAACCUGGGGAGUCUAAAUCAAAGAGGUGGUGGAACUGCGCAAUGCACGCAUUCUACUGUGUAUGUCACAGGCCAUGAUUUGUCCUUGCGAAAAAUGUCAAUCCUGCUGCUUUCAUGUGGCUAAAUGUGCAUUCUUUUCCAAAAAAGCUGCUGGCUGCAGACUGGAAACUCAAUUCUGCAAAGCUGGCACUUUGCACCACAGCCUUGGCAUUGCAUCACUUCGUUUCAGGUACUGUACAUGUGAUAUUUUCUCCAAGUGGUGUCCAACGUAUAUAUAUAUAUAUAAUUAUACAUACAUAUUAAUAUGUAC